CAUUAGUAGCCGAGCUCUUACAAGUUACAAGGGUGUUCAUCUGUCUACCCCAUUUCCAUUUGCAGCUUUUGAGGAGCAAUAUUGAACGUCUAUAAAAGAGAAGAGAACAACAAUUUUGGGUGGUAUGUGGUAUGAGUAGGGGAAUUGCGGUUUAACUGAUCGAUAUGAAUAAAAGAUGGCGUCGCUGCGCCCAAUUAUCCAGUUAGCUCGCUGGCGUGUGUCAACCCGUGCUCCAUCAGCAGCAGCAUCAGCAGCAGCUCGGCGACGAUGCUUUGCGACAGCUUCCGACGUCAAAAACCCAGGCGAAUCAGCAACACAGCAACAACAGCAACCACCACGCUCCGAUAACCGAGUGAAGAUAGUUGAAGUAGGACCGAGAGACGGUUUACAGAAUGAAAAGAAAUCAAUUCCUCUGGCUACCAAGAUCGAAUUCAUUGAGAGGCUAGCUAAGACUGGUGUGUCCGUCAUAGAAGCUGGGUCCUUCGUCUCUCCGAAAUGGGUACCACAAAUGGAUAACUCGAGCGAAAUUCUCGAGCACAUCUUAACGAACAAGAUCCCCUCGCCCGUCCCGAUCACGUACUCAUUCCUCGCCCCCAACGCGAAGGGUUUCGAGAAUGCCGCAGCUCUACUUCAAAAGCACCCCGGUGCCUACCUGACGGAAGCCGAAUCGUUCGCAGGCCUGAAAGGCAAGCCGGCAGUAGAAAUCGCAGUUUUCGCCGCCGCGACCGAGAGUUUCUCCCAGAAGAACCUGAACUGCGACAUCGCGACGUCGCUCGAGAUGUUCAAGGACGUGAUCCAAGGGGCGAAGCAGUUAGGCAUCCGGGCCCGGGCCUACAUCUCGGUGGUCCUGGGCUGUCCCUUCGAGGGACACGACGUAAACCCGCAUAAGGUGGCCGAGAUCGCCACUUCCCUGCUGGAGAUGGGCGCUGACGAGAUUUCGCUCGGGGAUACCACAGGCAUGGGCACCGCGCCCCGCACCCAGGAGCUCUUGAAGUGCAUGGCGGCCGCGGGGAUUCGUAACGAGGACAUUGCCAUGCAUUUCCACGACACGUACGGCCAGGCCCUCGUGAACACGGCGAUUUCUCUCGAGCGCGGCAUCAGGACCUUCGAUAGCUCUGUCGGUGGUCUUGGUGGCUGCCCGUACAGCCCUGGUGCCACUGGAAAUGUGGCGACGGAAAAUAUGGUGUACUUCCUCGAGAGCUUGGGUAUGGACACGGGCAUCGACCUCGACGCUAUGGCGGAUAUUGGGCAAUGGAUCUCUGACGAGUUGGGCAGACAGAACGACUCUGUCGUUGGUAAAGCCGUGCUCGGGGCUCGUAAGGCUAGGUCUUCUACGUCGGCUACGUAAUACUAGUUUUGACGUAAGAAUGCGAAUGUAAGGUAUAUAUUUGACCAUCCACGUCGAGACGCAUGCAAGGACGAUUGGCAUAGUUUGAUUAUCACUUGUGAAAAACUUAUAAACUUGAAGACGGUUUAAAUAUUAAAAGCUACAUCAUGUAACGGAUUCUCAACUACUGCACAGGCAAUCAAACCACUCUUCGCACCUUGCUAUAGUAAAUAAACACUGCUGAGAGUGCUAAGGCCAUUUAUUCAAUUCUUGAC